AUGCGCGUGUCCGGUCCUCGACGCGCCUUUUCCGAAGCUCAAGCGCGAGAUCACAACAAAAGCAAGCAGCCACACGCCUACUCCACCCAGCUGGACGAGUGCAUUACCUCACUUGUCCUGCUCAACAUCUCUGCUGAAGGCGAGCACCCUCUGGCAACUAUUGAGCAAGCCUGCAGCACUUCACGUGCUGGGCCGCCUGCUGGACCUCACUCUCUAACCUCGCUUCGUAACGCAGACCAACAACAAAACAACUCGGCCCGCCCUCGCGACUUGUCACUCUUCCGCCUACCACCGCACGUCGCAUCGCCAGACGAGCAGCAUCCAGAAGCGGCCAUGCACAAGAGCAAGUACGCCACUCCCGCUGCGGCCCCCAACGGUCCCGGUCAACAGUGCGCACCCUCUGGCACGCAGCACGGCGGAUCUGGUCGCCUCACGACAGCCCCGCCGUCCCGUCCUGCCCAGCACGCACUACGCGCGGCUCAGAAUGCUACCUUCUCGAAUGGACCCCCCUUCUCCGGUCAAGAUGCUCGAAGCGGCCCACAGACCCCGAGACCGGUCGUUAGGGAUUCGGAUGGUCUCUGGCCAUGGCCAGGCAGCACCACUACUGGCCCUGCGGUCCCUGGCCCUAGACCUACUGGCCAGUCCGUCUUUGGCGAAAACCUGAACGCGUUCAAGCCUAUUGCGAAGACCGACUUCAUCAAGAAACCCACCGUCAAGAUGGUCCCCAAUAGCGACAAGCCAAAAGUCACCGGCCUCAACAAAGAGAAUCUUGAGUCGUCCGACGCACUGAAGACGGAUGAGGAUAAGAGAGCGCAGGUCGUGGAGCAGUUCAAAGCGGCUGUCAAACCAAAGGCGGAGCAGGCAUCAGGAGCCACCAAACCCGAGAGUUCUGCCGCUGCAGCCAACAAGAUUCCUUCUGGUACGCCCAAUACCAAGCCGGCCACCAAGCCGGCCACCAAGCCCACCAUCAAGGUUGAAUCGUCCAGUGACGAGGAUGAUGAGUUGGCUGCAAAGUUUGCUAGGCUGCAGGGCAUUACGCCAAGCCGGGCACGCAGUCAAGAUCAUCCUCAAGCCACUGAGAAGAAAUCUGGUGGACAUUCAGCCCCUGACUCUCCUGCGCGUCUUUCCAAGAACAAUAUUGACGCAUAUCUUGCAGCUACCACUUCUGCCGAUAAAGAGUUGCGCGCCACCCAAGCGGCAUCUGCUACAAAUAUAUCUGGCCAAGCCUACCAUGGUAUUCCGCGCGACUCCACGAAGACAAGCGGGACUACACGUGCUGCCGUUCCUUCCAAUUUCAAUAAGGACACUAUUGCUCUGGCGGAGAAAGCCGCCAAGCAGGUUCAAGAAGGAGUUGCCGCGCAUCUCGAUUCCCUUUCCGAGGGCAAGCACAAACCUUUCACCAAAGCUGAAAUCGAUGCAUCUGGACAGCGCCUACGCACGGCGGUAAAUGGACGGCCUAUUUCGUUCUACAAGUCGGAUCAAUUCCGAAAGGCUAUUGUGGGAGCCAUAGCCGACCACUUGAAUUCGCUGGACUGCAAUCCUGGACAACCCAUCACCAGUGCCCUCAUCCACAACGUCCUCACUAGCAAUGGCCGAAAUUACCUGAAUCUCUGUGCUCGGCUUGUGUCUCUUGGAGUUAUGGGCGCCAACGAGGACGAAAUAUUCAACUUGAACAAUGCAAUCCAAGCUGCCGAGGACAAGCUCUGGUCGACCUUUCCACGAAAGGAAGCUGCGUCUACUCGAGAGACGUCUACCGAGAACGCUUCUUCUCCGGGGACCAAUAUGACGAACCUUUCGACGACGGCGCAGCCGGAUGUGGACUCUAAGCCAAAGUUAGACACCAAGCCCGAGGUGCAAGCCAAACCAGUCGUCGAGGCCAAGCCAGUUGUGGAGACUAAGCCGGCCGUCGGGGCUCAGCCGUCUACUCCGGUGAAGGCUCCUCUGAGAGGCGAAGCGUCUACUUCUGCGUCUCCCUCCGGUAUUUGGACUCCGAAACAGGGGAUAGCUCCGGCCAACAUGGCAGCCUGGCCUUCCCAGAUGAAGCGCGAGAAUCGGGCCCAACAUCGCCGUGCUAUCCUCAAGGGAAUUCCCUCGGACUGGAAGCUGGACCAGAUCCAAGCUCACAUCUGGGGCGGGCGCAUCGAGCGUAUCGAGAUGAAUGCCGGCAGCUCGACCGCUUGGGUCAAGUUCAUGACGGUGGAGGGGUACAACAAGUACUUCGCUGCCACCGCGAAUGGAAUCGAGAUCGCCGACUCAAAUAGGCUCAUUCUCGCCGAACCUGAUGAGGGCCCUCACUCCGCUAACGAUCUUCUUGAGAGCCUAGUUGCGGACGGUUCCACUCGCUGCAUCCGUGCUCUUGAUGCAGAGGAGGGUUGGAGCAUGCCCACCUUGACCCGCAUUGCUAGGGGCAAGGACCGCAAAGUUGACAAGAUCAAGAUAGGCAAGGAGAAAGGCCGCAACUUCGUGGAGUUCCGAUUCUCUAGCGUCUACGAGGCCCUGUUCUUCAGGAAGGAGCUUAUGGAUGACGAAGACUGGGAACCUACCACCAUCGUCUACGCACCAGACCCAUGCGACGUUCACAACGGCAUCCACCUUGAUGACUAGGUCGGAAUCGGGUCCUUCGAAUACAGUACGCUUGCAGAUACUGCAAUGGUUUGGGUUCGUCUGUCAACGGAGAAUGAGGUCUUGGCCUGUUUCUUCAUAUUUGGGAAAGAUACAGUCGUAAACUGUUUUUUCUCACUUUCAUUAUGAGAAAACUUUGGGUGUGAUUUUCUUUUUCUUCUCAGGGGCUGUUUAGGUGGAUUCUAGCUCAAGAAAUGAUGGCAUGGAUACGGCUUGCUACGUGUGGAAUACCACUUGACAGACAAUGAAAAGACACUAAUAUUGCG